AUGCCAGCCUUGACCAACUUGCUGCCAGAAGACAUCAAGAAAAAUAUACCCAAGGCAAUAUGCAAUCCCUAUCUGGACUUCAAUGAAGAAGUGGAGUGUCUUCCAUGUUACCAUGGCAUCACUGGUGAACUUCUCUUUAAGAGUCCACUGCCCGACUCUAGACGGGUAUCACGACAGCGUCUACGAAGAGUACUUGCCAAUGGCCUUGAUAUCAAAUGGGGCACAACACUUUCCCAGAUAAGCUUUCCCUCUGACAGAAGCGAUGAUGAUGCAGCAACAGAGAAUAAAGUUCAUUUGGUAUUUGAUGAUGGAGAGCAAGACACGACAGAUUAUGUCUUCGCCGCUGAUGGCGCCUCAUCCAAAGUACGAGAGUUAAUACUAGGUCCAGACGCAGCACGAGUGCAGUUCUCUGGCUUCAUGUUUGCCACAGGAAUUGCCAACUAUCAUGAUGCAGAUAAGGUUCAAGCUGUGGUGAAAGCUCAUCCUGUCGCUGCCAUUACGUUAGGCAUGGAGGCGGUCACAGGCUGUGGCGUCAUGUACGUGGGAGAUAAGAACGACAUGUCUACCUGGACGACCUUUUGGACCAAAAUUUGGAAGGGAAGCGCAGAUAUUUUUCCCAAAGAACAAGACGCUCUUGAAUUCAUCAAGGAAACCACCAAGAAUGUCUGUGAACCAUUUCAGUCACUUAUCAACUGGACCCCGCUUGGCAGUAGCUGCUAUGUUGAUGAGAUGAAGUACUGGGUUCCCGUUCCCUUCAAUAACCAUGCCGGAAGAGUGACACUGGCAGGAGAUGCCGCUCAUCCAAUGCUAAUCUACCGAGGCCAAGGCUUUCAACAUGCCAUUGUAGAUGUUACCAACUAUAUCGAGGCCCUUACAAAAAUUAGAGAUGUUACAGGAAUCGCGGAUAGAAAAGCGAUCAUGUCCGCGUUUGACGCGGAAAUGAUCGAGAGGACAGCGAAGGCCGUCAAACAGUCUCUUCAAGAAGCCGAGUAUUCGAUGAACGAAGAGACUAUACGCAAGAUGACUGACAUAUUGCCACUUAAAUUUACGAUAUGUGCGAUUUCACUUGGGAAAAGUUCGACGUUUGAGUUAUACGAGCCAAGAGAAGUCACUUAA